AUGGGGAGAAAACGGAACGCUGAAAUCGAUGAUACAGAUUUGUCCCGGGCAACUAAGAGGAGGAAACCCUGCAGUGAGGAGUGCGACAGUGACGAAUCUCUUCAUUUACCAGAAGAAAUUUUUGGAGAAGGUAUUAGUAGUUCACGAAAGAGAAAAAAGAAAAAAGAAAUAAGAUUGGAUGAAAAUGGCCUUCACAGUCCGGGAACAAAGAUGAAUAGUGUGCACGAAAAUGACCGAGAAGACUGCGAUCCAAAAGAGUUCGGCGCUGAUUUUACCUCAAGUGGACAAUAUGAGCUGUAUUUGAUACGUAAACCUGUUGAGGUAUCCUUAGAGAAAUUAUUGGAGAGUCGGAUACCAAUUCGUUCAUGUUUCUCAAAUGACGAGAGGGUUGUUAUAGAUAGUCCAGUAAAAGGGAUCGUGGUGUUGUCACCGACUGAGUUUUGUAACUCUACAGUUAUGGCAGAAGAAGAAGGUUCAACCCCGAACUUCGACCAUGGUCUUCCUUUUAAAGUUAUCAGAAAAAAAGUAUCUCGUAAGAGUAUUCGGCAUUUAAAACAGCGACUUCGUGCGAACGGUGUGAAGAACGAUUGA